AUGCUCUUCGACCCUGUCAGAUCAACUAAACUUCACCCCAGAUGGCUCGGUCCAUAUUUCAUCAAGAACUAUACUCGCAAUGGUAGUUAUACUUUAGCCGACAUUACUGGUGAAUUGCUGCCCCGUGAUGUGCCUACCCAGCACAUUCGCGUUGUCGAUUUCUCGGACAAUCAUGUUACAAAAGGCUUACUUCCUCGCCACUAUGAAGUGCAAGCCAUCGUCAAUCAUCGCGUUGAAAGAAAGACUGGUCGAAUGAAGUUUCUUGUCAAUUGGGUAGGUUAUCCGUCCUCGAAGGACAAUACCUGGCAAUAUGAAAGCGAUUUUGAUUCCAAACGACCUAUUCGCGACUACUGGGAUCGCAUUGCACCGGAUCACAAGAGUCCCAAUCGACUCCUUCCCAACACUGUCAAUAAGCGCAAGAUUUAUAGUCGUCGUAAGCAUGCAGGACCGUCCGUCACAUUGCGUUAUCCGUCGAUUCCAAACUCUCGUAACCACAACAUUCAGCAAUAG